CGUAAGUGGCGCCGCAGUUCAUUUUGCAUGACACCGCUAGUUUCGAACAUAGAUGCGUGCUUGGUGUGGUUUCUACGAACGUCGCCAACAUAGAUUCGAGAACUUUACACUUUGGUCGAUACUUCGGACUAUUCUAGUACACUUUAGACAUGUUACUGUGCAGGCUGCUACAAGACAACGUUCGAUCGGCACGUUUCGUCAAGGCAAGCUGAAUGCUGAUUAUUGGUCAUCUGCUGAAAUGGCUCUUGAACGGUGCCUGGUCGAGUUCUUUGCUCUUCAGGUAAAGAGGGCUGGUGGAGCCCUCGUAGUAUCCCAAAAUGACACAAUCAAGAAAUAUGAGAAGUAUGCACCAGUCACACUGGUCAACUACACGAAUUCCAAGUACAAUGGUGCACUGGCACGUUUCUUAAGGGGCCACAAAGACUUCUUUGUCUUCACCAGCAACAACAAGGUGUGUUUGCAACCUCAUUUUGAUGCAGUGAGCAUUCUGGUGAAUCCAAACAACCUGGAUAUCGUCCAGUUCUUUCUAGACCUUCUCCAGAAGAUAGGAGCCACACAAGAGCAGCCAUGUUCAGCGCACAUUCUGUCCAAGUAUAUUCAAUAUAUGGAUCACGAUGCAAGACUCUUCUUUCAUAAGACGUAUGGCAACAGCCUCAACAUAUUUUUUACUCUCAAUGUUACCCACUUUCAUAUGACAUCACCUGAUCGAGGCUUCGUGUCCUUGAGGCGGCCUGUUGCCGCUUCAAACUGCAUUGCUGCACACCUCAGGAAAUGCUUACACAAAAGCAAUGCUUUCACCUGUUCAAGUGGGCUCAGCAUGGAGCAGCUUCAGCACGAGGGAACGGAGACUUGGCUUCCUGACCUCAGGCAGUACUUCAGUGAUCGAUCAAGAACAAAGCUGAUUGAUGUCUUGAACUCUUACCCCAAUAUAUUCAAAUGGCAGCCCCGUGAAAAAGUGUGGCUUCGCAAGAAGUAUGAGAAGUGGAAUGACGCGUGGAGUAGUGCCGAGGAACUCUUACUUGCUAUUCACUUCAUGGAAAUGUUGAAGGACAUAGGUGCCAUGUCAUCAAACCCAAUAUGCUUCAACUACAUCCUCUGCAGCACACAGUCUGUGCCUCAGGAGUGUUCAGUCUACAUGAACCGAGUUUUUCCUGGCAUUGACCUCAUUGAUUUGUUUCAUUUGCACCCCGACAAGUUCGAUCUAUCUACAGUCAACUGUGUUUCACUGAAGUGUGGCAGGGAGGAGGUUGAAACGAAAAGAUCCCCAGAACUCCUGUCAGCCUACUAUGCUGCCCAGCUGCUAAAAUAUGCCCCAAACCUGACACCUGAUCUCUUGAGUAUCUGUGCAGAGCAAGCCCCUAAGGCUGUAAAGACCUAUUGUGGGUCUACUGUACGACACAGGCUUCACACCAUUCUUGAUUCAGGACAGGAAUUGCUCACCAAUGGCGCUCUAGAUUGUACAAAACUCAUUGACAUGAUCAAGUCUGUCUGUGGAAAACCUGUUUUUGGAGCGAGCAAGGACAAAGGAUCGGGAAAAUCCAAAUUUUCAAGUUCAAAAUCUGCUGUUUCUAUGCCAGAAAAAGCCUCCACAAAGCAUUCUAGGAAGGCAAAAGAGGCUCCUGUCUUGGCAAGUGCCAUUCAACCAGAACAUAACAUGCCAAAUCUUCAAGCCCUGAUAGUAAACGUGCCAGCUCCUGCCUUAGGCAGCUUGACCCCACCAGAGCCACUGCAACUACAGCACAGAUGGCCUAAACCAGGGAGCCGAAGUGAAUUGAAGGAAUGUGUGGCUACGUCUGGUUCUCUAGUGAGGUCCCACUCACUUGUUUUGAUACCAGCAUCGCACAGCAUGGAGUUGCUUCCUCAAGAGGUGCCAUUUGGAGAAAACUGCGCUCCCGAGUUGAAGAAUGACAGCAGAAAGUCUGUAACUAUGAAAAGAUCCAGCUCUUUUGUGUGUUUGGCACUGAACAACUCUGCUGAUUCAGCAACAAAGUUUGUAGGUGACAGUGCAGAAGCUCAGAGAAACUCCUCCUCUGUACAGCUGUGUGGCAAUGCAGCAGAGAUUUCGGCACCAUCGACUUCACUUGAAAACACGAAUAGUUUAGCCAAGUUUAAGAAACAGUCCCAAGAACAGACAAGCACAGUUGAUGAGAAUGUUGAGGGAGCAAAUGAUGCAGGCAUGAUUGACGAUGGCUCUGAUUCCUCACCUGACUAUGUGUACAGUAAGAUGGAGUCCAUGCUGUCAGAGUUCAUUAAGAAACGGCUUGAAGCUAGUCCUACUCACUCAGAGAAUUUCACAAGCUUGCAUGAAGCUGUUACCAAAUAUUUUGGAGCUGUGUGUAGUUACGAGAUUCACCUAGCGGUGCUUUUUUGUGUGGGAACACUCAGUUUUGAUGGAAAGAAUGUACAUUAUCACUCCGGUUAGUGUGGGAACACUCACUUUUGAUGGAAAGAAUGUACAUUAUCACUCCGGUUAGCGAGGAUUGCAGUUGUUGCAAUGACAGAUUGCUCAGUAGCAGCAGCAUUGCUUCCUUGAAUAUUCUUACUGUUGUCCCGUGAGCUUCAUUAAAAAUUUCCUUGUGAAUUUCACUGACAAAUUAAUUUUGAAAAAGCCGAAGGAAGUUGCUUAUGUCAUUUAUGUUGUAUGAAAUUACCAUAUUUAUUAGAUUCUUUUGCUUACCUCAUGUUCUUGUAGGCACUAUUUCUUGCACAUUUCACUUGGAAGUUCUGCUAAAGACAUUUUUUUAUUGGUGUUUGUCAACUGCAUUACUGACUCCUUACCUGAUGUGCAGUCAAUUACCUAAAUUGUUAAAAUUUGGAUUAGGUAAGACUUGUCAGAAGACUAUACGAAACAAGCAAAAUGGAAGUUGUUUCGACAAGCUGGUGGUAUGCCAUUUCAUGUAAUGUAAGCCUUUCAGUCAGCUGAUACCCCAUGUUGCACAUUUGAAAGCACAACAUUCUUGUCAAGCCUUGUCUAAUGUGUCUUUCUGUCUUUGCAUUUGCCAUUAUACACAGCAGUAGUGUCAUGCCUUCUGUGUUCAUGUUAUUUUUAUGUCCACUACCAUGAAUUUUGAUGGACCAUUACAAUAGAAAACACAGGAUUGUGCUGCAAUCAGCAUACUGGCACAGAAAUUUGUGAAAAGGAGGCAGUGCACCAAGCAUGAAAAUUACCUGCAGGAUGAACUUAUUAAGCCGAGCAGUAGUUAGUUGCAAAAUACACUUCUACUGAACAUAUAGUGCAUGGUGGGAAGCAGUGCUGAAAAAAAAAAGUAAGAAUUGUGGAUUACCUUGUUCGAAAGCGUUCAUGGCAAUUUUCAAUUCUGUAAUAAAUAUGAGCUAGGAGCGCAAAA